ACUUCCAAGCUGCUGUAUAUGCUCUCGUGGUUUUCCAACAAUUCCAACUUCUUAUCCUUCUAUCUUUAUCUAUAUUUAAUUACAUACCUACCAACUUCAUACAUCAUCUUUCUUUUCUCACAAACUUUCCCCGAAAAUAUUUUCCCCUAUAUUCAAUUCUCAUCAAAACCAAAACCAAAACCAACCUCUUUUCUGAGAAAAGAAAAACAUAAGAUAUCAUGGGUAGAACCGGAUUGUUUGAUCUUGAGAGGCACUUUGCUUUCUAUGGGGCGUACCAUAGCAACCCAAUCAAUAUUGUGAUACACAUGAUCUUUGUUUGGCCAAUCUUCUUCACUUCCCUUGUCUUUUUGUACUUCACCCCAGCUCUCUACACUCCUUCCUUUCAGAUUGGGCUUUUCCCAUCUGGGUUACUGGUUUUGAAUUUUGGGUUCUUGUUGGCUGUCAUCUAUGGUCUCUUCUAUGUGGCUUUUGAUAAGAAAGCUGGGUCUUUGGCUGCUUUGCUGUGUUUUCUCUGCUGGGUUGGAGCUAGCUUGCUUGCUAGUCGUCUUGGGUACUCUCUGGCCUGGAAGGUUGUACUAGCAGCUCAGUUGAUAUGUUGGACUGGACAGUUUAUUGGCCAUGGGGUGUUUGAGAGACGAGCGCCAGCUCUUCUGGACAACCUUCUUCAAGCCUUCCUAAUGGCUCCUUUCUUUGUGUUGCUUGAGGCUCUUCAGUCAAUUUUUGGAUAUGAACCGUAUCCAGGGUUCCAUUCAACUGUGAAAGCAAAGGUAGAUAAAGAAAUCCAAGAAUGGAAAAUCAAGAAACAAAAGAAAAUCUCUUAGGCUUGAACGGUGCAUGUAUAGGUGAAAAUAAAUUUCAGCUAAUCCUUUGUAAAGGACGAGAAUUGGUUUUUACUCCCACUUGUGUUGAGCUAAAGUUUAUGAUAUAUAUAUUUAUAACUUUAUCUGGACUUCUUAAUAUAUUUUGUGAACCCAUUUUACAUUGGAAGGUAUGUCUGCACUACAAAGAAAACCAUCUUGUAUGUUUGUAAGAAAACCAUCUUUCUCAUAUUAAUGAACUUGAGCAGUACAUGUUCUUGUAUGUUU